AUGGCUUCCGGCGGUUACGAGCGUUCGAUUGUAACUUCCUGUAAGGCUUGUCAUGAGCGAGCCUCCUGUCUCCCCAUACUAAAGGCCGGUCAGGCUGCAUCCUCUCUGCACUCCUCCAACUGCUCCUGCACUAAGGGCUUCUCUGGUGAUGGCAUGGCCUGCCACAACACCAGCUACUGUGGCAGGGCGAGCAUUUCCUGCUGCAUUGCUGGCUAUGCCUGGUCUCCCACGCAGGGGUGCGUGGAUAUCGAUGAGUGCUCAGCCGUUCCGAGUCCAUGUGUCUCACCACUGGUGUGCCAGAACACUCCUGGAUCGUUCGUGUGUCUGAUGCCGCGGGCUUAUGCCUCUUUGGCUUCUGACGUGCACCCUGUGCAGGUAGGCUGUGGCAGAGAGGUGUGUGACCCGGGCCAGGACUGCAUCACGUUUGGCGGAGCCCCACGCUGUGCUGAUCCAUGCCAGCACUACACUAUCCUGGAAGACCCCUGGCGCUCCACGGACUUCAAGACCAGUGGUACCGUGCACUGUGACAUGGGCACCAACUGGCAGGGAUGGUACAGGAUGUACCUUGGUAAUGCCAGUGUCCAGAUGCCUGAGAGGUGUAUCCAGCCCUGGACAUGUGGCACAGAAGCUCCUCUCUGGCUUAAGACACGCCACCCAAGUGAGUCAGAUGGCGUGGUGCAAGCUAGCGUUUGCGGGAGCUGGUUGGAGGGCUGCUGUAACUUUGAGUUCCCCAUACACGUCAAGGCCUGUCCUGGAAACUACUACAUCUACAAGUUUGUCAAACCACCUCUGUGCUAUCUGGCCUAUGCUGCAGAUGCUAACACAGUGGUGUGUGACACCUGUGGAAAGGGCUCGUCCUGUGUUAGUGCAGACAGGGUCACCUGGAAGUGUCAGACUCCAGACCCUGUCCGUCUGUCUGGAGGCACCAACAGAUGUGAGGGCCGCGUGGAGCUGUACCAUGAUGGGGUCUGGGGCACAGUGUGUGACGACUUGUGGGACAUGAACGAUGCCCAGGUGGUUUGCAGACAGCUGGGCUGCGGUAAGGCUGUGGAUGCCCUGUCGGGGGCGUACUUCGGAGAGGGCACUGGACCCAUCUGGCUGGAUGACGCUCAGUGCAUUGGCACCGAGUCCUAUCUGGUGGAGUGCCAACACAGCGGCUUCGAGAACCACAACUGUGCGCACCAUGAGGAUGCUGGAGUGGUGUGUGCAGAGUCAGCUCUGGCUCCUGAGCUGAUUUGCACCAGCACCCGAAUGCUAGUGGGUGUGUCAACCAUAUACACAGGCUUCCAGGUCCUCAAUGGAACUUCGGGUCACCUGGCAGACCCCUCCUGCAUGUCCCAGAGGCAGGCCAAUGGGACCGUGUGGUAUGAGGUGCAGAGACGAGCAGGCUUGUGUGGGAACGUGAUGAAGACCAACAAGACCCAUGCUGUCUUCUCCAACACCUUGUUCCUGUACCCUGUGAACACGGAUGUGUUUUCUCUGCCCUCGGCCUUUCCCUUCUCCUGUGUUUACCCUCUGGAUUCUCUCACCAGCAUGGACCUAGGAGUGAGACCCUACCUGUCGAUGCAGGAGAUGGGUCUGGUUGGUAUCGGUCCCAGCGCACAAGCCUCCAUGGUCCUGUAUGAGGAUGCUAACUUCACUGACGCUUACCCGAGUGGGACUGUAAAUCUGCCAGUCGGCACGCCACUGUAUGUGGGUGUAAGGGUGGAGGAGGUGGAGACAAACUUCGUUGUGGCCUUGGAGGAGUGCUACAUGACAGACAGUCCUAGUGCUGAUAACCCUGAGAGAUAUGUCCUCAUUCAGAACCGUUGUCCCAGUGAUCCACGUGAUGUGACAAUACUUGAGAAUGGUGUUUCUCUCAAUGCACGCUUCAUUGCUCUGCUCUUCCUGUAUCACGGAAACUACAGAGACAUAUUCCUCCACUGCCGCGUGAACCUGUGUGACCAGUCCACAGAGUCCUGCACUGCGAAAUGUCUGACCAGAAUGUCUCGGUCCAUCUCCAACCACAAAUCUCUCACUAUUGGACCAAUCACCUGGAGCAAAGGCAGGCAGUAACAUGGUUCACAAUAGAUUCUGCAACAAAAAAAACAACAAAAAAAACAACUGCAUUUAGAUUUUCACCUUUUAAGCAAUCAAAUCAUGCUAAGACUUUUGAUCAAAGUCAGGGACACAUUUUUGAGAGUUCGGUCUGCUCUAACCCAAGGCCUUGAUUAUUAGCACACAAGCUGACCUUUGUGUAGGAGUAGGGAUGUCACUAAUCUGUGCAAUGGACCUUCAGUAAUGGAUCUAAAUCAUCAUUUUUAAGAACACUGAUUCUAGUCCAGCCGUUG